AUGGUGCGGUUACCAAUUCCUCAACGCCUGACCUCCCACCUGAGUACGCGGAGCAAUGCCUCGACCCCCGGUCAGAGCCGAAGCGCAAGUCCCAUGAGGUUUCCGGAUUCCAAACCUCCUCUGAUUCUCAAAGUCAACGUGUUACGGGGGCGCAAUCUCGCGGCUAAAGAUCGGAACGGAACUAGCGAUCCAUACCUAAUCGUUACACUCGGAGAUGCACGACAAUCGACCCCUACGAUACCGAAGACCUUGAACCCAGAAUGGAACGUUGCCUUUGAGAUGCCCGUUGUCGGGGUGCCGCUGCUAGAGUGUAUCUGCUGGGAUCAUGACAGAUUUGGAAAGGAUUACAUGGGCGAGUUUGACAUUCCCCUAGAAGAGAUCUUUUCUCACGGGGAGGUACAUCAGCAGCCGAUGUGGUACACCCUCAAGUCCAAACGGUCCAAAAAGAAGGACAGCACCGUGUCCGGAGAGAUUCUUCUUCAAUUCUCGCUUGUCGACACCUCGAACCCCACCGCGACUCCCGAUGAAGUCUAUCAGAAAUUCAAGAAUGUAGUGUGCACCAGCGAGGACGACGAUGAAUACCCGCAGAUUCCGGCGACCGUGUUGGGCGACGCAGACAGAGACGAAGAAACGUCGGAUGAGACCGACGAUCCCGCGAAACCGGAGGUCGUUGAAAAACGGCGGAGAAGGUUGCGGCUGGCCCGACUCAAGCGCAAGUCAUUAGCAGCUAGAGCGUACCAGUUCUCUGGCGCUGGAAAUGGUGUCCAGGGAAUUGUGUUCAUGGAGAUUGUCAGAGUCACGGAUCUUCCGCCGGAGCGAAACGUGACCCGUACUUCCUUUGACAUGGACCCGUUUGUUGUGACUUCAUUGGGAAGAAAAACCCUGAGGACCCCGGUGAUACGCCACAACUUAAACCCAGUAUACCACGAGAAGAUGGUGUUCCAAGUCAUGAAACAUGAACAAUCAUACACAAUUGGCUUUACUGUGAUGGACAGGGACAAGUUUUCUGGAAACGACUUUGUCGCCUCCGCAGGGUUCCCACUCCAGACACUGAUCCAGUCAGCUCCUGAAGCCGAUCCAGAAUCAGGCCUCUACAAAUUUCUGGACCCUACUCUUGAUCCAACAGGAUCUGACACCUCUGAAACCGAAAAUACGGCUGGAAUAAAGAUCGAUAUCAGCCCGUCUCCGUCAACCAAUAGCCUGUCGAAGAUGUCGAAUAAAGCGAGGUCUCGGAGCAGCACUGCGUCCAUGUCGGGCCAGUCAGUGCACUCGAGCCAAGAGCUAUCGACGUCGCUUCCUCCUACAUUGGCCGUCGAGGAGGGCUCGGGCAGUAAUAUCUCCAGUGCCCCGACCGCGACAAACAACAGCGCAAUUGCUCCGCUUGAAUCGGAGGGACUUGAGUUGUAUCGCAUCCCACUGACGCUGAAAAACAAAGAGCGAUGGGAGGACAAACAUUCUCCAGAACUUAUCGUGAAGGCUAAGUACAUGCCUUACCGCGCUCUGCGUCAGCAAUUUUGGCGGUUGAUGCUUCGACAAUAUGACGCCGACGACAGUGGUCGCAUCGACAAAGUGGAGCUUACGACGAUGCUCGACACCCUAGGCUCAACGCUGAAAGAAUCUACAAUUGACAGCUUCUUCGAGCGUUUCAGCGAGGAGAAUGAGCUUUCUGAGACCAUGGAUCUAACCUUCGAUCAAGUGGUGAUAUGUCUGGAAGACACCCUUCAGGCUUUGCAGACGGACCCUCGUUCAGGCAUUAAGAAGCUUGUGUCUACAUCCUCCACGGGCAGCCAAGCAAGCGAGGACCCGUCCAGUGGUGACGAUGAUUUGGAGGCCACCUCUGCUCCUUCUGCCCCUCCCCUUAACACUGAUCCUCAGUCGACGUCCGUACCUACUCUGUCUAGUGAAGAUCAACUCGCCUUGAAUGAAGAGGACCUUCACCCAGAUGACCUAGGUGAUGAACGGGGCGAGGAGCAUGUGAUUGAAAUCCGCGAAUGUCCGUUGUGUCAUCAGCCACGACUCUCAAAACGCUCCGACGCGGAUAUCAUUACGCACAUUGCUACUUGUGCGAGCCGAGACUGGCGACAGGUCGACAAUCUUGUGAUGGGCGGAUUUGUGACCUCAAGUCAAGCACAGCGCAAGUGGUACACCAAGGUCAUCACGAAGAUUUCUUACGGAGGAUACAAGCUAGGAGCCAACUCCGCCAAUAUUCUUGUUCAAGAUCGCAUUACAGGACAAAUCAACGAGGAGCGGAUGAGUGUCUACGUUCGCUUGGGUAUUCGUCUGCUGUACAAGGGACUGAAGAGCCGAGACAUGGAGAAGAAGCGAAUCCGCAAAAUCUUGAAGUCCCUCAGUAUCAAGCAGGGCAAGAAAUACGACGACCCUGAUUCGGCAAGCCAGAUUCAAGACUUUAUCAAUUUCCACCAACUUGAUCUGUCAGAGGUUCUGCUCCCUCUAGACCAGUUCAAGACUUUCAACGAGUUCUUCUACCGCCAGCUCAAACCAGAGGCUCGACCUUGCUCGGCUCCCAACGAGCCUAGGAUUGUGGUCUCUCCGGCUGAUUGCCGAUCGGUCGUGUUUGACCGCAUGAGUGACGCGACUGGCAUCUGGGUUAAAGGACGGGAAUUCUCUAUUGAGCGACUCCUUGGAAAUGCCUAUCCCGAGGAUGCUCAUCGGUACCAGAACGGGGCCCUGGGUGUCUUCCGUCUUGCACCGCAGGACUAUCAUCGUUUCCAUAUUCCUGUUGAUGGAACUAUGGGAACACCCAAGACCAUUGAGGGAGAAUACUACACCGUCAACCCAAUGGCCAUCCGCUCUGCACUGGAUGUUUAUGGUGAGAAUGUGCGGAUCCUCGUGCCGAUCGAUUCGCCCGUAUUUGGCCGUGUUAUGGUGGUCUGUGUUGGUGCCAUGAUGGUUGGAAGCACCGUGAUAACCCAACAGGCUGGGAAUAAGGUUUCUCGCGGCGACGAACUUGGAUAUUUCAAAUUCGGCGGCAGUACCCUUCUUGUUCUUUUCGAGGAAGGGGCCAUGAAGUUCGACACGGAUCUGGUGGACAACUCGAAAGGACCUCUGGAAACUUUGAUCCGUGUGGGUAUGGCUGUGGGUCACAGUCCAGAAAUUCCUCAGUUCGAACCCGAUAUGCCUAAGAAGCGCGAGAACCUCACCGCGGAAGAGAUUCAGGCCGCCAAGCGCAGAAUCGAAGGUAGCUUGGCUCCACCGGCCGAACGCGACGAGUUUUCAUAA